AUGUUAUCGACAACGGCAACAAACUCAAAGGUGGUAUCAAGUUCUACUUUCAACUUUGUUACUAGAUUUAUUUGGAACAAUACAACACGAAGUACUACAAAAAAGGAUCAACCACCAGAAAAUGAAGUACUAGCUGAUGCAUUAAACUUAUUGACUAAAUCACCUUCAAGAAAUGAUAAAAGAAUCAAAAACUUUUCAUCUUAUCAAAAUUAUAAACCAUCACUUUACAAUUCAUUAACAAAAGGUUCAGUAGCGGAGCAAUUUAAUGAAACUAAUUAUGAUUUUAAAUCAACUAAACAUCAACAUAUAAAUGAAAGUUUUAUAAAUAAUUUAAUAUUCGGAUUGAAAUCGUCUACUUUAAACUCAUCACAAAAUUUGAGUCAUUCAAAAUUGUUAGAAUUGGGUUCAAAGGAAUUAUCACUAUAUAUAAAGAAUGUAAAAGAUGAAAGUUAUUUGUUUGAAAUAAUUCAAUUAUUUUUAAAUCACAACAAAUUAAAUCUUAAAGUAAUGGCUGACAUAUUAUUAAAUAAAAAUUUGAUAAAUAUGAAGAAAUUACCAAUAAAUAUUGAGUCAAAUAAUGUGAUUAAAGGUUUGAGCUCAGAAGAUAUGAUAAAACUACAAAUAAUACUUUUAAAGAAACAUCAUGAUUUGAAACAUCCAAUAAAUGUGAUAAGGAAUCUCAAACAGAAUUUCGAUACAAUUUACUUACCUUUAAUUAAGGAAAACGAACUUCCUGCUUUUUAUGAGAGAAUCAUAUGGAGGUUUGUAUUUGAAUAUUUAAAACAAUAUAAUGAAGAACAAUAUAUUGAAAAAUUGAAUAAUUUGAAGACAAGUUUGAUAAUAUGGGAAUCAUGUAGCUACAAUCAUGUUCAAAAUAUUUCAGCUAUAAUUUUUAAACAUCAUAAUGAGCAAUUAAGUAUACUACAAAAAUUUGUUCUUAAAAUAGGUCAAUCAAUUAAUUCAAAUUCCCAAGUACUAGAAUUGAAAAAAAUUUCAAUGAAACAUAAGAUUCACAAUUUGAAUUCUGAACCUAAACUUGAUGAAAAUAACAGGAAAUUAUCAUAUGCUUUAAUAAAUGAUUUAGAAAAAUAUUUGAUUACACAUAGUAAAGAAAAUCCACAAUUCAAAACAAUUUUGGAAGAAUUAGCCUUGUAUCGAGUGAAGUAUAUCAAGAAUGCUUUUGCAAAUCAGUCUCAGGAGUUUGAUAGUCUUAAUAAGAUUUUGGAAUUUAAUACGUAG